AGUGAGUCUCUUGAGCCCCUUGUGUGUUUGUUUGUGUCUUUCUCCGGCCGUUCCGCCUAUCCGCUUGGGAACCGGAAGUCCUUCUGCGGCGCCCUUGAGGGCGGGCCCCUUCGUCCUCUGAGCAAGAUGGCGUCCGCUCGCCUGCUGCUCCUGCGCUCGGGCCUGGUGGGCCUGCGGCCCUGGGCGGCCUGCCCUCUUUCCCCGCCGCGCUCCUCGCUGUGCUCGUCGUCCCCCGCGACGCCGCCGCUGCCUCGGUUCGAGUUCGUGGAGGUGGAGCGUGCCGGGGAGUCGGGGAGCGUGGCGGUGGUGGCGCUGAACCGGCCGAAGGCGCUGAACGCGCUGUGCGACGGGCUGAUGCGGGAGCUGGCGGAGGCGCUGGGCGCGCUGGAGGCGGAGGCGUCGGUGGGCGCGCUGGUGCUGACGGGGCGCGGGCGGGCCUUCGCGGCAGGCGCCGACAUCAAGGAGAUGCGCGGGCGGCGCUUCCCGGAGUGCUACCGCGAGGACUUCCUGGCCGGCUGGGACCGUCUGGCGCGGCUGCGCAAGCCCGUGGUGGCGGCCGUGAACGGGGUGGCGCUGGGCGGCGGCUGCGAGCUGGCGCUCAUGUGCGACGUGGUCUACGCCGGCGAGGAGGCGCAGUUCGGGCAGCCCGAGAUCCUGCUGGGCACGCUGCCCGGCGCCGGGGGCACGCAGCGCCUCGUCCGCGCCGUGGGCAAGUCCCUGGCCAUGGAGAUGGUGCUCUCCGCGCGGCGCCUCUCGGCCCAGGAGGCAGUGCAGGCCGGGCUGGCCAGCCGCGUCUGCCCGCAGGCCCAGCUCCUCGAGCAGGCCGUGGCCCUCGCCGAGCGCAUCGCCCGCAACUCCCAGGUGGCCGCCGCCAUGGCCAAGGAGGCCGUCAACGCCGCCUUCGAGGUGGGCCUGGCCGAGGGGUGCCGCCUCGAGAAGCGCCUCUUCCACGCCUCCUUCGCCACCCGCGACCGCCAGGAGGGCAUGGACGCCUUCGUCGAGAAGAGGACGCCCCGCUUCACGCACCAGUGAAGAAGGAAGGCCGGCAGGCAGGGCCAGGCCCACCCGCCCCCAAGGCCUCCAUUCCCCACCCCGGUUUCACCAGAGGCCUUCCGGAGAGCCCCGAACACCGGCCUCCUCCUCUCCUCCAGGAACCAGAGACUCGGCAGCAAGAUCACCGAAUGCUAAACCCCUUGUUAAUUGGGGAUGGUGAUUGUUCCUAAUGCAUUUCAAAUCACAGCUUGUUUGGGGGAUGCUUGUGUAGGGUGGAUGCCUCCAAGGGGAACCUUGCUCUUCAAAAGGAGACGGAGGCACCUCAUGAGUAGUGCAACAGGUGCCAUUCUGGUUAAAUGGGAGUUAUGGCUGUACUUCAGGCACAGGAAAACGUUAGCCAGCUCCCCAGGUGUUUUGGACUUCAACGCCCACAUUUCCUAACAGCCUACCUUCUGUUAGGAAUUGUGUGAAUUGAAGUCCAAAAUACCUGGAGGGCCCAAGUUUGCCCUUGCAAACCACACCCUCCUCUUCUCCCAGAACGAGACCCGGCAGCAAGAUCAUCUAAUACUAGACUGCUUGUUAAUUGAGAGUUGUCCUUGUUCCUAAUCUGCUUCAAAGCAGUGUUUGUUUUGGACGGCCCUUGUGUAGGUUGGAGGCCUCUAAGGGGGAGGGUUGCG